UGUUCAUUCUUGCUUUAAAAUAAAACAAACGCUUCAUUUUGAUGCAACGACCGAUUCGUGAGUUUCAUUUUCCACACGGACAAUAAUAACAGGAGAACAAAGAUGGCGACGUCCCUACUCAGGUUAGGUCGACUUGGAUCUGUCAAGGGUCUCCUGCGUGAGGGCUGGGGGACACCUAGGACCCCAUUUAUUGCAGCUCUCUGCACUAAAGCGGACGUCCCACCCAAAACAGCAAAGAAGGCAAAGGCUUCAAGUAAGACCAUAGAGGCCGAAGAGAGGGCCUCUCUUCUAGCCUACAAGCCCGCAGUUGCCUUCCCUUCUAAGCUGUCUACCACAGGAUUUCUUACCAAAAAUGUAGCUUUAGGUGAGUCUGAAACCGCUGAGGCUGUUUCCACAGCCGCUGCAAAUGAGACGACAGCUGGCGGUCCAGUUGCUGAUACGGCAGCAGCUGAAGUUGCUGUUGAAGAGGCAAAGAUCACUGAACUCUCACCUACUAAUGAAGUCACUACAAAAAGCGAAGGAAGUAAGGCCUCGGAUGUUGAGGCAAAAGUACAGAAAGAUCAAGACGAUAGCUCUUCUUCAUCCUCAUCCUCCAGUGAUUCUGAUUCAGACUCUGAUUCUGAUUCUGAUGAUGAGAAGCCAAAGACUGAAACACCAGAAACACUACAGUCUGGAGAGAAAGCAGCAGAGGAGAAGAAAGCCCCUGGUCUGACGACUGAACAAGUAGAUAAGAAAGCAAAGCCUGAAUUUGCCUCAUUUGGAGAAGCUCAAGAAAGUGCAAAAACUGUGACUAAAGCAAAAGCAGAAGAGGUUCCCACAAGUGCUAAACCAGAUGGAUCAGAUGAGACCUUUAUUGAUCCUGCCCCUAUAGUAUCAUCCUCCACAACUGAAUCGAUUCCAGAAAUGUCCAAUGAAUACAUUAAAGAUGACACUACUGAUAAGAUAGUGGACACUGCAACAGAAGUUAAAACUAGUCCUGUGGAGGAGAUUGUUGUUGAAAAGGAACCAGAAAUCAAAGCUGAAGAUGCUGUCAAAGUUGCUGCAGAAGUUGUCCCAGAAGUCCUCACAGAAGCCAGUCCUGAAGAAAUGGUUCCCACACCAAGUGCUAAACCAGAUGCAUCAGAUGAGACCUUUAUCGAUCCUGCCCCUAUAGUAUCAUCCUCCACAACCGAAUCGAUUCCAGAAAUGUCCAAUGAAUACAUUAAAGAUGACACUACUGAUAAGAUAGUGGACACUGCAACAGAAGUUAAAACUAGUCCUGUGGAGGAGAUUGUUGUUGAAAAGGAACCAGAAAUCAAAGCUGAAGAUGCUGUCAAAUUUGCGGCAGAAGUUGUCCCAGAAGUCCUCACAGAAGCCAGUCCUGAAGAAAUAGUCAAAACCGCCGUUGAAGCUAGUCCUGGAGCAGCUCCUGAGGCUUCUGGAGAUGUUGCAGCUAAACCAGAAGAUGCAUCAUCCAAAGCUGAGGCGGGAAUGCCAGCAGCCCCUUCAGAAGAGCUGGCAGACCCUGCUCCUGUGGCCGCUGAUGCUGUGGAGGCUCGGGCUGAGACGAACGUUGUGGAGACACCUGAGGAACAAGCCCCAGAGAAAGUCCCGGAGCCAGAGCCUGAACCCUUUGACAACACCACGUACAAGAACCAGCAGCACCACAACUACAACAUGUACACCUUUUCUGAUGUGGAUGUAGAGCUGUCUAAAUACCGUCUGCCCCAGCCUUCCGCGGCUAGACACUGAGCCUUUGUUAUUGGUACCUUUGUCCGCAACCCUACUUCUUCCACAUGUUCAUUGUUCCUCAGACGAUUUACUGGCAAAUUUCAAGCUUUAUGCUAGAAUUCUAUAAUUAUGGAAUUAAAAUGAUUUAACCUCA